AUGCCCGGUCUGCUGAACCAGGUCACAGGGGCGGCCCUGCCCCUCACCGCGUCCGACGUCACCUCCUUCGUCAGUGGUUACGCCUUGGGUCUCACUGCCUCCCUCACCUAUGGCAACCUGGAAGCCCAGCCCUUCCAGGGCAUCUUUGUAUACCCCCUGGAUGAGUACACCACAGUGAUCGGCUUCGAGGCCGUCAUUGCUGACCGUGUCGUGACAGUUCAGAUCAAGGACAAAGCCAAGAUGGAGAGUGGCCGCUUCGAUGCCGCUGGCCUCCGAGCAUCAACGGUCACAGGAGACAUUUUGCCAAUGGGGGUUUCCGUCACCCCUCCUCCCUGACCAUCAGGAAAGGUGGCUCUGGACGAGGAUUUGGAGCGGAUCCUGUUCGUGGUCAACCUGGGGACCAUUGCCCCUCUGGAGAACGUCACCAUCUUCCUGAGCACGUCCUCGGAGCUCCAGACGCUGCCCAGCGGGGCCGUGAGGGUCCUGCUGCCUGCCGUCUGUGCCCCAACUGUGCCCCAGUUCUGCACCAGUCCCACCAGCCAACCAACCCAAGGCAAAGACAGGCAUUGCUUUGGCUCCCGGGCCCUGGACUCCUGGAACAAAUUGUGCCUGUCGACCUUCCUGGACACUGACGUGUCCAAUCCCAUGGAAUACGAGUUCAACUUCCAGCUGGAGAUCCGAGGGCCAUGCCUGCUGGCAGGGGUGGAGAGCCCCACCCACGAGAUCCGAGCCGACGCCGCCCCGUCCGCACGCUCCGCCAAGAGCGUCCUCAUCACCUUGGCCAACAGGCACACCUUCGACCGGCCAGUGGAGAUCCUCAUCCACCCCAGCGAGCCCCACAUGCCACAUGUCUUGAUGGAGAAAGGGGACAUGACCCUGGGAGAGUUUGACCAGCAUUUGAAGGGAAGAACAGAUUUCAUUAAAGGAAUGAAGAAGAACAGCAGUGCAGAGAGAAAGACAGAAAUCAUCCGGAAACGCCUCCACAAGGACAUUCCCCACCAUUCUGUCAUCAUGCUCAACUUCUGUCCUGACCUCCAGUCAGUCCAGCCCAACCUGAGAAAGACCCAUGGAGAGUUUAUCUUCCUCAUCGACAGGAGUGGAAGCAUGAGCGGGACCAACAUCCGCAGGGUCAAGGAUGCCAUGCUGGUGGCUCUUAAGAGCCUCAUGCCAGCCUGCCUCUUCAAUGUCAUUUGGUUUGGAUCCACAUUUAAGACCCUCUUCCCUUCCAGUCAGACCUACAGUGAGGAGAGCUUGGCCAUGGCCUGUGAUAACAUCCAGAAGAUGCGAGCUGACAUGGGUGGCACCAACAUCCUCUCCCCACUCAAGUGGAUCAUCCGGCAGCCAGUGCUCCAAGGCCACCCCAGGCUUCUCUUCCUGAUCACAGAUGGUGCCGUCCACAACACCGGGAAAGUGCUGGAGCUGGUGCGAAACCACGCCUUCUCCACCAGGUGCUAUAGCUUUGGAAUUGGCCCCAACGUCUGCCACAGACUGGUGAAAGGGCUGGCAACCGUGUCCAAGGGCAGUGCUGAGUUCCUGGUGGAGGGGGAGCGGCUGCAACCCAAGAUGGUCAAAUCCCUGAAGAAGGCCAUGGCUCCAGUCCUGAGUGAUGUGACUGUGGAGUGGGUCUUCCCUGAGACCACUGAGGUCCUGAUCUCACCUGUCAGCUCCAGCUCCCUCUUCCCUGGAGAACGGUUGGUGGGGUAUGGCAUUGUCUGUGAUGCUUCCUUAUACAUCUCCAAUCCCAGAACUGACAAGAGAAGACGAUACAGCAUGCUACACUCUCAGGAAUCUGGCAGCUCUGUCUUCUACCACUCACAAGAUGAGGGGCCCAGCCCAGACAGUGGAGAUUGUGCCAAGAGCUUGGGGGCACCCUUCAGCCUGAGGCAAGCCAAAGACACCCAGCCAUCCAGUAGAGACCCCACCAUCAAUCCUGGUCUAGUCCUCUCCCAGCGACGGCGGGCGUACAGCACCAACCAGAUCACCAACCACAAGCCCUCCCCAAGGGCCCCCACGGCCAGUGACCCCACAACCGCUGCCAGGAGAUACCCACUGCGGAAAGCCAAGCUCCACGACCUCACCAACCAGACCAGCCUGGAUGCUCCGCGGUGGCAAAUUGAUUUGCAGCCCUUGCUGAACAGUGGGGCGGACCUGAGCCAGGGCCCCAAACUCCGGGGUCCAGGGGCCCGCAGGCCCUCUCUGCUGCCCCAAGGCUGCCAGCCUUUCCUAGCCUCUGGCCAAGAGACCCAGAUCUGGAGCCCCCUGAAAGAGCUGGAUCUGGGGUCCAGCCUCAAGCCUGCCUCAGACAGCCGCAGCCCUGGGGACCCGGAGCCGUCCCAUCACCUCUCCUCCUUCGAGACGGAGACAUCCUCGGACUGGGAGCCCCUGGCCGAGUCUGAAGAGCAGGCCAGUCCCAGCAGGCCUGCCACCCCAGGCCCUGUGAGGGGCAAGGCUGUGGUCAAGGGCCUGCGCGACAGCCAACGUUUGCAGUGGGAGGUGAGCUUUGAGCUGGGGCCUCCCGGCCCCGAGAAGGGUGGCGCUCGAGAGGCCGACCUGUGGAGCGAGACCUUCCACCACCUGGCGGCCCGCGCUAUCAUCCGCGACUUCGAACAGCUGGCGGAGCGCGAGGGCGACAUCGAGCAAGGGUCCAGCCGCCGCUACCAGGUGAAUGCUGUCCACACCAGCAAGGCCUGCAACGUCAUCAGCAAGUUCACAGCCUUCGUGCCUGUGGACAUCAGCAAGAGCCGUUACCUGCCCACUGUGGUGGGCUACCCCAACUCUGGCGCUGCAUUGAGGAUGGCCAGCUCUCGGGUCCUGACCCGACAGUGGAGGGGCACUUCUGCUGGUUUCGGAUGGUCCCAGACCAUGCUGGGGGAAGACUCGGCAGCAGGAGAUGGCAGAUUUCAGAACCUAAACCUGGAGGAAAACCCCACUGUGCCCUUCAGCGAGAACACGACCCCAGGCCGCGAGAAGUACACGCCUCCUGCAGGUCCCCUGCGUGGUCUGGCCACCAAUUCCCUUUCUUCUUUGAAAGCCUCAGAGACACUCUUUGGAUCCAGGCUGAAUCUCAACAAGUCCAGGCUGCUGACGAGAGCAGCCAAGGGCUUCCUGGGCAAGCCACUGACCAAGGCUCCAGAGUCAGCCCCCGGGAGCCAGAGCUUCGACUACAUCCCACUGGUGUCUCUGCAGCUGGCCUCGGGAGCCUUCCUGCUCAACCAAGCCUUCUGCGAGGCCAUCGGCAUCCCCAUGGAGAAGCUCAAGUGGACCUCGCCCUUCACCUGCCACCGAGUGUCCCUCACCACCCGCCAGUGCCCAGGUCCUCAGAUAUGCACCAGCCACUCACCUCGGCACCCCUCCUGUGACAGCUGCUCCCUGGAGCCUCUGGCCGAGGGCAAGCCAGGCUGGGAGCCCGGGGCUGUGAUAGAGCACACAGGGAAGCUGUGGGCCACGGUGGUGGCACUGGCUUGGCUGGAGCACAGCUCUGCCUCCUACUUUGUUGAGUGGGAGCUGGUGGCGGCCAAGGCCAGCUCGUGGCUGGAGCAACAGGAGGUGCCCGAGGGCCGCACACGGGGCACGCUCAAGUCUGCCGCCCGCCAGCUGUUCGUGCUCCUGCGACACUGGGACGAGAACCUGGAGUUCAAUAUGCUCUGCUAUCACCCGAAUUAUGUGUAGUGUGGGGAGGAGGCGGGCAGGGCAGGGGAAGAGGGAGGGAACCCCUGGAAACUGUGGCCAAUACACCGCUUGCUAGAAAGAGCCCUGGAUUGGAAUCAGGAGGCCUGGGCUCAAUGCAACUUGGCUACCACCUAACUGCCACUUUAGGCCAGUACCUUCCCUCCCUUCUGGGCCUCCGCCUCCCCACCUGUAUAAUAAGUGGUGAGGUGAGGAACUAGAGCUCUAGAACAUUCAAAGUUUCCUUUCUGCCUGGACAUCCAGGGAGCUGAGGGAUUCACUGCCCCUGUGGGGUGGGAGAGAGAAUGCAGUUUAAGCCCGAGUUCUCUCUGGAGGAGGAUCACCUGAGCAGUGCCCGCUGCAGAUAAAGGAUGGAUGAGCCGACCCCAAGCCUGAAAGCAACCCCACGUGCAAGCUUGCAUCUAGGUAGAGGGAAACCACCUCUGCCAGCGACAUUGUGGGCUAGGCUCUUGCCUCCAUGGUGACAGUCCAGGACUCUAAAUCCCUCUUCCGAACUGCCUGGAGAGCCAACCUGCCCAGCACUUUGCAGGACUCACCCGGGGAACUUUCCCUUUGGCUUGGAAACCCUUCAUAUGUAUUGGUGGGGUUCUGGACACGAUUUGCGACUUCUGUCUAAGAAGAGGAGGUAGGCAGGACAAGAGGAGGCACCCUGCAAGCCGAGACAUUAGAACUAAGCCUCAAUCUGUUAAAAAAUAGUCCCCCAAAGAAGAGACAUGGUCACAAAAGUCAGUGAAGAAACCAGAGGACACCUUAAGUAAUUUACAAGCUGUCAGGAAUUGCAUAAUGCAAACUCUGUCUUCUUGUGUUGAGGGGCUAGAGAGGCACCCUGUGUCAGCUGCAUUCUGGGAUAGUGGGGGCCCUCUCCUGCACACUGGGGCCAGGCGGGUGGCGUGUCUCUGCAACAGAGAACCACCCUUGGCUGCAGUGCAUCUGGGGAUGGCAGCUUGAGCUGGGCGCUGUGAUUUAGUCAAUGAGUUGAAUUUUGAAGCUUCAAAGCUGCGAGCUCCUGGAGACGUCCCUAUCUCAGGCCCACCUUGUGUGCCUUGUGGGGACAGGUGUGUUCCAGCCUCACAUUCCCAAGUAACUGGGGCCCAGUCACCUCUGCCCAGCAGACUCCCCUGGAGGUGGGUCUGGACCUCAUGGAGGAAGCCCAUCGGCUUCGGACCCCAGGCUGAAUCCACACCCUCCCCCAACCCCCUCUCCAAGGUCUUAACCUCUUCUCAUCAAGGGGUCCUUUCUGGCCCCAGGGCCCUGGCAUGAAGCCCCUGCCAGAUGUUCCCCUUUGGGGAGAUCUGGAGGACCCCAUGGAUCAAACACCUUCAUGAGGCCGCAUGAAGACUCAAGAAAUGGCCAGUCUUCAGCAGGGGGUGAGUGAGAGAAGGCGAUUGUCAGCUGAACACGCAUUGGGUGUGGAGAAAAGGCAGCCCCGCCAGGAUGUGGUAUCCUUCACCAAACACCGCCCACCCCCAGCAAAGCCUGGCCCUGCCCUGCUGCUGUGCUGCAAAAUCUCCCAGGAGGGGCUUUCAGCUCACCAGCCUUCUGAGGCUGUGCUCCAUCCCCCAGGGAGGGGAAGGGCCGGAGACUUUAUAUCAAGUCCCAUCAGCUUGGCUGACUGUUCUGUUCAGUCCCACUGUCUGGGGAGGAAUCCAGCCAGGCGGUUACCCGACCAAGAGGGAUGAGGGCUUUGAGGCUUUCAUGCUAGACCAUGGUCCUCCCCUGUGCCACCACGAAAGGAAAUACUGUCAGGCCAAGAGUUGAAAUGCCUGGCACUAGUUUGGGCAAGUGAGUUCCCCUCUCUAGGUGCCCUGAAGCGGGGCAUUCCCUCUGCUCUGAUAUUCCCAGAUUCUCUGCCUCUGAGAGGUUUCCCUCUCAGUGACCAUGGACUUGCUCUGAUUGUCUAUGUGACCUUGAACAAGUGCCAUGUGCCUUCUGGGCCUCUUUCCUCCUCCUAACAUGACCAGGUUGGACUGGGCUGGCCAGCCUCCUGCUUAACCUGAUUCGGGGUCUCCAAGCUCAGUGUGGAUAAUGACCGGGGCUCAGGUGGUCCAGCACCUGCCCAGUGUAAAACCAGUGCUACCAAGAGCCCUGGAAGGAGGAACUGAGAAACCUAGCAGGGCAGUAAUCACACCACCCCUUUCUCCAAGGAGCCACCUCAGACCCUGCCCUGGUAGCAGCUUCUGGAACCAUGGACAACUUAGACGCACAAGCAAGUUGCUGACUUCACCCUGGUUCCCCUUCCCAGCACCCAGAGAGGCAGAGAAACAAAUCCUCCUGAUUUCAGAUAAACCAAGGGCUUUGGGGGACAUCUGGAUAAAGGACAUUUUUUAAAAGAACUUCAGCGGUAUUAAAAGAACAUGCAGUUUCAAGAAUCUGCCUCCAGAACUGCCAAGCUGAGAACCAAAGGGACUUGCUUUAAAGGAGAGAGAAGAAUCUUAGGUAACUAGCACAUGCAUUGAAGCUAAAGUGGUUCCAAAGGUGAACUGAAGCCCCUGCAA